AAGACUCUCAAAACAGAAAGAAAAUCUCCGUGUAGUAGGAGGAGGGGGAGAAGAGAAGUAUGCUCCGCUCCGCUCGACUCGGCUCGACUCAUCUCGGGCACGCGCCUUACCAACCACCAAGGGCAGCAUAAAGCAUACAGCAUACGACAUACAAGUACUGUAAAGGUGGUGUAGGAAAAUUCAUCGGAUUGGUUUUGUGUGUCGUCGGAAAAUUUCAUCGGAUUCUUUACUUGGUGAUAAACUUGGAGAGGCAACAAUUUAUCCAGCCAGUUCGUGUUCCUCCGUGCCCGAAAUCAGUUCGUUCGUUCUACGUUCUAACCAGCAAGUCCUCUUGUAUAUGUGUUCUAUAUAUACAGACGUCAAUUGUUAUAAUAUACAAAACAAAAUUCUUCCCCCCCAAAUAUCAAUAUCAGAACGAAUUUCCUUAAUCGAAUCACAUAUCAAAAUAAAAUCGAAUCGAAUUUGAAUUUCUUUAAUCGACCUAAACAUCAAUAAUAAUUUGGAUACAAUUCCCGAACCAUAGAUAACCUUUAAGCAUUUAUUUUUGAAGUGUGUUGGAUUCCGCAAGUGUUCCAUUUCAAGAAUUUUUUGUUUGAAAUUUGAAAUUUUCAAGUGCAUAAUUAAAGAAUCCAGCUCCAUUGGUCCUGAGCUAAGCUGAGCUGGUAUAUAGUUAGUUAUUUGGUAGUUGGUAUAGUAGCUAUAGAGUUUUAGUUCAGUGGAAUAGGCUGAAUAUGCCGAAAUUCAUAGUGGAAACGAGUGACGAGUGAAUCCAGUGGAAGAAGAACCUAGAUUCCAGAUCCGAGUACCGAGUAUUCUAUUAAGGAAAAUACCUAACAAGGAGCAUCUCUCCUUAAACUCUCUCUAUCUCUCUAUCACUCUCUGUGUUUUGCAUUGCUCCUCGACGACCUCUCUUUCGGUCUUGAACGUCCCUACCGUCGUCGCUCGUCGUCGCUCAUCGCCGUCUCUAUAAAUUGCUGGUUUGCUGGCAUAGUGGAUAUGGAUACAAAUUAAUGCCGCAUAGAGUGUAGUUGGUGUCAUCAUCAUCUCUGCCGUCAUCCUCAUUCAUUGUGUCCUGUGGAGCUUUAGUAGUGCGUACGCGCGGUCCGGUCCCCGUAUAUAUACAGUGUACACAAUCAAAACGUGUAGUAUAGUGCUACCAAUCUCAAAACCGCUCUAAACUCAAACAAAAACUAUCUUUAGAGAUAUAUGAAUAAAGUAUAAACGACCAAGACAACACCAAACACCAAGUAGCAGUCUCAAGUCCCAGUCUAAGUCUCAGUCUCAGUCUCUCCUCAGGUGAAUGGAAAAUUCAAUUGAUCGGUCCUCCUCGGUCGGUUGUUGGCUUCGUGGUCGUUGUUCGUUUGCCAUCGCAUAAACCUGUUCCACUGAAGGUACAUAUAUCCACUCCACUCGACAGGAUUUACCUGUCGUGCCCCUUGCUACAUAAAAGUAUCUAUACAAAUAUAAAGUAUCUAUGUGCGUAUAAAGAAUACCUGUCGUGGCUUUGGAAAAAUAUUAAAUUGAAGGUAAAAGAAAAUUCAACAAAAUUUCUUCUCGCUCCUCCAAAAUAAAAAAAUAAUACCCGAACUGCGAUUUGCGAUUUAAAACCGUUGGCGUUGUUGUGUUGAGCGUUCUCCUUUAAUGUACUCAUCUGGAUGGACGUUCGUUUGUUGGGCGCCAUUCUUUUCGUGUGAUUUUUUGAGUUCGCUCAUUGAUUUAUGAUUUUUUAAGUACGAAGUGUGUGUGUUUAGUAAAACUAACCAGUUUUUGAACAUUCUUUUCGACGACGCGUCGUCGUUCUAAAAUUCACAUCGCAUUUGCGAGAAAAUAAAUUUAAAAACAAAAAACGGUUAAAAAAAAGGAUUACAGUGCAUAUAUCUUGUAAGAUUUGUUGGAAUAACAGUAUAUCAAGCAGUUUAGCAUUAGCAACAAUAAAAGCAGUUAAAGCAGCAGAAGCAGCGCUAAAGCAGCCAAAAACAACAAAAAUUGGAUAUUGGAUAUAAAAUAAAUUUAUGGCUUCAGAGCGAAAGACGGUGGCCUGACACUUGGAAGUGCUGACUUUUAACGAUGCCAUAUAAUCACCACUCGAUUUCGCUCAACACCAUCACCAUCAGGACUACCCCGUUGGUACAUCUUUGGUUGGUCAUCAUCUUGACGUUGGUCCUACUCCUCCCUGCCACUGAAGUCAAAUCGCUCAAGGUGUCUGGCAUAAGCGAGGAGAAGUCUUCGUCGGCAACAGCUUCAUCCGAAGGACAACGAUUUGCUAUGGAGCCGCAAGAUCAAACCGCUGUCGUUGGGUCACGUGUAACGCUACCCUGCCGUGUCAUGGGCAAGAUUGGAGCUUUGCAAUGGACAAAGGACGACUUUGGCUUGGGCCAACACCGAAAUUUAAGCGGUUUCGAGCGUUAUUCAAUGGUUGGCAGUGAUGAAGAAGGCGAUUUCUCUUUGGACAUUUAUCCAGUUAUGUUGGAUGACGAUGCAAAAUAUCAGUGUCAAGUCGGUCCUGGCCCUCUAGGGGAACCGGGCAUCCGUUCGAGAUUUGCUAAAUUGACAAUAUUGGUGCCGCCAGAAGCACCGAAAAUUCUACAAGGCGACUACUUGGUCACCACAGAGGACCGAGAAAUUGAGUUGGAGUGUGUUUCCGUUGGUGGGAAACCUGCCGCAGAGAUAACAUGGAUCGAUGGUCUUGGAAAUGUUCUCUCGAAUGGCAUUGAGUAUGUUAAGGAACCCUUAGCCGAUUCACGUAGAUCAACUGCCAAAUCUAUACUUAAAUUAGCUCCCAAAAAGGAGCACCAUAAUACAACAUUUACGUGCCAAGCACAAAACACCGCAGACAGGACAUACCGUUCUGCAAAACUUCUUUUAGAGGUUAAAUAUGCACCAAAAGUAACAGUGUCUGUUGUUGGUGGAUCUUUGGCUGGCGGAAGGAUUCCAGAAGGAGCAGAAGUCAUACUUUCUUGUCAAGCCGAUGCCAAUCCCAAAGAACUGAGUUAUAAAUGGUUUAUCAAUGAUGAACUAGUAACUGGAGAUUAUACUACAAAAAUGAUUAUUCACAACAUAUCAAGACAAUAUCACGAUGCUAUAGUUAAAUGUGAAGUAUUAAAUGCCGUUGGAAAGAGCGAAGAAAGCGAAACAUUAGAUAUAAGUUACGGUCCAGUUUUUAAACAUCGACCAGAAUCAGUUGAAGCUGAUAUCGGAAGUACAGUCAAUCUGCGAUGCGAAGUUGAUGGCAAUCCACCCCCAGAAAUUGAGUGGAUAAAUGAGAAUUCAGAAAGGGUCGUGGGUACCUCGUCCAACCUCACUCUGAAAGUCAACUCGGACUCUGCUGGUCGUUAUUAUUGCAAGGCCAAUGUUUUAGGUUUUCCAGAAAUAGGAGCCGAAGCUACAGUCUAUGUUAAGCGAGCUCCUAUGAUAACAUCGCACAAAAUUCAAUUCGGUUCGAUAGGAAAUCGAGUGAAAGUUGAUUGUUUAGCUUUUAGCGUUCCAAAGUCUGAUAACAUUCUGUGGCUCUUCGAAGGUCAUCCGAUCAAUGUUAGCUUGGAUGAUACAUACACUUUGGAGGAGCAGCACUUCCCGGAAGGAGUGAAAGCUUCCCUCAUAAUAAGGGACAGUCAAUCGAGCCAAUAUGGCAAAUACAACUGUACAGUAAUAAAUAGUUAUGGAAGCGACUCCAUAGUGAUCACUCUUAUACCAGAAAGAUCGAUUCCAUAUUUCCUCGUUGUGAUGGGAUCUGUUUCGUCAGUUGCUAUAAUUCUCAUGGUGGCCAUGCUAAUAGUGGUUUACCUCAAGCGAUCAAAGAAGAAACCUCUUCCAGCCGAUGUCAUCCCAGAGGGAAGGGUCAAUGAUAAAUUAAAUGACAUGAAAACCGAUAUCCGCUCUGCAGGAUAUGACGUUGAUUAUUCAGAAACUUGUUCGGGGUCUGAAAGCCUCGCUAUCAAUUUGACAUCAGCCCCAAUGCCAGAUAUUGCCACAAAAGGUGGCACCUUAGGAGUACCACUUGCUGGUCCAGUGAAGCUCUCUAAUGAAGAUAGGUUUUCUGGUGAGUUCAGCGAUCGAUACAAUCGAUGUAUGGUUAAGAAUCAAAAGAACCAGGACAUCAAGGAUAAUAACGGCUAUGCUCCGUACUUUGAAUACGCCCUCGAUUAUAGCCCACCAACGGACAGUAUAAGCAAAUCAGCUUCGAACACAUUAACAACAUCAACUACUCUCCCCCACUACAAUAAUCCCAUAUCAUCGGGCAACAUGAGCCUUCCAAGGUCCCGAAACGAGCCGCAGUAUGUGCAAAGUGCAAUGCAAAAUGGUUUUCUAGGACAACCAUUGCUACAAAAUGGCCUAGCCAUAGAUAGCAGAUUUAGUGCGAUCUAUGGCAAUCCAUACCUUCGAACUUCGAGUACAAUACUCCCACCUUUGCCACCGCCAAGUACCGCAAAUCCAGCCGCAACUCCAGCUCCGCCACCAUAUCAUGCUCCUAGAAAUCACCCCUCUAGCAUAAGCGGCAGCACAGCUGCCACAUCCCUAAAGAACUUCGGCCCCAGUGCCAUCGGUAUUGGCAGCAUCGGGAGCAACAGCAACAGUAACCUAACUGCGAGCAGCAACACACUACACUCCAUUGCACCCCUGACAACGACACAAUCCCCGUCGCAGGUGCUCAACCAAAGUCCCUCGGGACAGUUCAUAUUACCUUCGAAUGGCAAUACGAAAAAGGGUGCCCUCGCCACGCAUGUUUAAUACAAACUUAGACUUAUAGCAAAACAAAUCAAUUCAAAAUGAAAAUUUAUACCAUAUUGUGAUUUCUAGAGUUAAUUAAACAAUUUUAAAAAUUAAAAAAUAAAACAAUGCAUAUUUAAAACAAAAACAAAAAUAAAAAUAAUAAAUUAUGAUUUGUUUUCAUAACGGAAAGUAGAUAGAUUGUAAAUGUUUUUAUAAGCCAAAUUAAUUAGUUAAAAAUAAAUAAGAAAAUACAAAAAAAAAAAACAAAAACGAAAAUAAAUAUAAAUUUUAAAAAUAAAAUUAAAAUUAAAAAAAUUAAAUGAAACACGUAUCAAUUAAGAGUCUAGUAAGUGUAUUAUGUGAAUAUAAUAAUUAUAUAUAUAUAAAUAUAUGAAAAAUGCUGCCUUAUUAUUCCUUGUAAAUUCUGAUCUAAUUUAUAAUGAAAAAGUGAGACGUACUUAUAUCUCUAUAUAAAAAUAAAAAUCUAUUAGAUGAAUCUAAUAAUUUCACUUAAAAAACAAAACAACUUGUUAUUUUGUUUUCUUUAUUUAUCAUGCAUGCGGAUAUUAAAAUA